AUGAAAAUCAUUAUUUGCUUAAUUGUGGUGCAAGUAUUUUUCACGCUUAACGCAGUUGAAUUACCACCAUACCGGCCAAAAAUGUUGCAGUUUUGUGGGAAAAAAUUAAUGAAGGCACUGGAACUAGUCUGCGAGGGAACAGACAUAAACCUUGAAAGAGAACUAGAAAUGCUGAGAACAUCAACAAAACGAGUACAUAUUUCCAACCUCAACGACUCCUGCAUCAGGUGCCUCUGUUAUGUGACUGGCUGCGAUUUGUCACACGGAUGCUCCCAGGGCUACUGCGGGCCUUUCUACAUAUCCAGGGUGUACUGGGUUGACGCUGGAAAGCCGACGUUACCUGAUGAUAACCCUGAAAGAAAAGAAGCUUUCGAAGACUGCGCGAGAGACUAUCACUGUUCAGUGAAAAUCGUAGAAAAUUAUAUGGCGCGAUUUGGAAAGGAUUGCAACAAAGAUGGCAUAACAAAUUGUUUCGACUAUAUGAUGAUCAAUCACCACGGAGACGGCGCAUGCACUGAACCCCUGUACCUCACGAACCUUGGACGUAGGCGUUUGCAACUAUAUCAGCAAUGUCGUCUGUAG